AACAAUACUCAAUCUGACAAUUGAUUUGAUAACACUUGCCGUGUUUUAUUGAAUUUGUUAUCAAAGAAGGAAAACUACGGAUUUAAUAUUUUAUUGUGCUAACGAUCAGCCUAAAAAUGGGUGAUAUAAAUGAAGAUGAUUUAGAAUUUCGUGGAGGUACUUUACAACUUUCCACCGACCACAGUGGCCACGACAAUGGUGAUAAUAAUCGCAAUGCAGGUUCGGAAAAUUUAAGUCGUGUAAGACCUCCUAACACUACGAACCCUUCUGUUCUAUCUGGAGCUAACUCCUUGUCAUCUUCUUCUACAUCAGUUACCGGUGUAAUCUGGCUUAUGAUUAAAUUUGUUAUAAACAACCCCAAAAGGCUCAUACGCAACACCUUCAAAGAUGCUAGAACAGGCAAUGCUGAACAGAAUGAAGCCAGAGCCAACCCGACUGAGGAGCCACCAACCGUGUACCCGCGGUACGAUGUGCCAUUCAACAAAGAGAACAUUCAAGACUUUUUCACAUUCCGUAAAGGUGUAGUGGAAGCCGCCAUACAAGAGUGCAUUACAAUUCUAUUGUUUCCUGAAGAUGGAGAGUAUCUAGGAUCUUGGUUGCUGACUGAAAUAACCCUAUGGGACAAUGAGAAGGAGAGGAUAGUUCUGCUCACAUCUCGGCUAGUGAUGACCAUCAAGUAUGACUUCAUUGCCAUGAAGCAGCUAGACUUCAAGAAGACCUACCUGGAUGACCUGGACACCAUUGUCAUUGGAGAACUAGUUUACCCACCAUCUUCUUUGGUCCCUCGUCUGAACGGCAUCGCGACGGGCGUGACCACGGUGGUGAAGGACUGCGUGAUCGACCGGCUGUGCCGCCGGCCCCCAGAGGAGGAGCCCGAGCCCUCUAAACUGUUCGAUCCCAAGUAUUUCCAGCCUAGGGAGCGCAACCUGCGCGGCGUGCGGCUCAUGUGGAACAAGGGCGAGCCGCUGCCCAUGAAGACCGUGUGGAACCCCUUCAGCCAGGAUGUGCCAUUUAUCACCUUCGCGUCGCAUCCGAUAUUCUGGCAUAAAGCAAUCGACGCGACCCUAGAAGAGCGCGCGACAUACGACAUGGAAACCUUCGCUGUGAAACUCCAGCGCGCCAUCGAAGCCAUGCAGUCGUCUUCGUGCUGCAUCCAGCACGCGGAGAUCGUGAUCCAGAGCUACGUGGGGGUCACCUCGCUGCUGCACAACAAGACCGGCAUGGGCUUCUUCAAGUGCAGAGGGAAAUUCAGCUUUUAAAUUUAAGGUUAGGUUGGUUAGUGGAUGGCUAGAUUUGGCAGUGAAGAAAAACAAACGGGUUUGUUUUAUAUCAUUUGAUUUAUUUUUUGGAUAGUGAAUGGCUAGGUUGCAGGUCGCAGUGAGGAUACGAAUAAUGUUUUUUUUUGUAUCAUUUGAGUUGGGGAAUGGAAUUGGUAGAAUGUACAUUCGGUACUAAACACAGUAAGAGUUGGGUAAUUUAAUGCUCAUAGAAUAAAUGUUUGGACGGGCAUGAUUAUGCGAACGUAAGCGUGUGUCUUCGUUUGUUUUACUUAGGGUCUGUUUCACAAUGGCUACCUGUGAAGCGUGUGUCUUCUUUUGUUUUACUUAGGGCCUGUUUCACAAUGGCUACCUGUGGGAUAAAAGACAUGCUGUCACUGUCUAAAAUAUAAUUACAGAUUGUGGUAUAAACCCUUAAAGUGUAACUAAGCUUAUAUAAAUAUAUAUAUAUACCUAGACAUACCUGCAUGAUAACAUUGUAGUGUGCGAUGCUGCAUCGCAUUUUUUCGUCUGAUUUCCAGAAGACACUACCUAUUCCAUGAAAGGCAUAUUACACAAUAUUUUAAAGGAAAUUGGUACUAUAAGUACCGUUACGGGAAGAU